UUUUGGAGGAGUGCGUGAAGAGGACCUGGGUUCUUGCCGGAGAGCAAGCUCCAGUACCACCUGCUGAGAGCCUCUCUGGCCAAAUCAGCCAAGGGCAGAGCCACCUGCUAUAAAUAGGCCACCAAGAACACGGUGUGCGACCGCACAUCCUGCCGCGAGGGCCACAGUCACGCGUGGGCCCGCGUCUCCAGCACAAGGGAAAUAACCCCCGGCCAGGACUUCGCGUUGAGGCUGGAUGGGGCGGCAAUCCAUGCACCUUCCCGGAGGUCUCGUGGGGUGGCGCCUAGUUGCCCCUGGGCGGGCUGAGGAUGGACCGCUGGAGAGCGACGGGAGGGAGGCCGCGGAGGACCCGCACUGCAGCAGCUGUUGCUCGCCUGUGACUCGCCAGUCUGGGCCGAGCCGCCGGGCCAGAGUUGCACGGCGCGGAGGAGAAGGGAGGGCACUGCGUCCUGUUCUUGGCUCGCGGGGAGCCCACUGAGGAGAUCCCGGCUGCUGCCCCCCGCCUCCGCCUCCCCCGCGCUCGCCCAGCGGGAGAGGAGGAAACGCGAGCAGCGCGCAGACACCUCCUUCUCGGCUGUUGUCGCCGCCGCCGCCGGCCACACCGCGGUGCCUGUUGCUGCAAGCCGCCGCGGGACCCGCCGUAUCUUCAGCCCGCAGGAGAAGCAGGGCUAGAUUGUGGAGCGGUCCCCACGCCAGUGAAGACUAUGGACGCCCGGGCCGCCCAGGCCAUCUUCAGGGUGCCCGGGAGCACCUGUGCGCCCCAGCCCAGCCCCGAGCUCUGAGCGCGCCACCUCCCUGGAUUCUGCCUUCAAAAGCAUGUGAAAUAGACUAUUCCAUCUAAACUAGGAAAAUAGUAGCACCGUUUCCUGGCUCUCCAGAAUUUUCCCAGGAUGGACGCAAUCACAUUCACAGCGAGGAAGCAUCCACUCCCUCAUGAGCUCUCGGUGGACUUCGGCUUGCAGCUGGUGGGCGCCUUACCUGUGCAUUCUCUCACCACUCUGCCCAUGCUGCCGUGGGUGGUGGCUGAGGUACUAAGACUCAGUGGCCAGGGCUCCAAAAAGGAGCCUGGAAUCAAGCAAGUCCGGCUUUGGGUUUCGCCCUCAGGACUGAGAUGUGAACCUGACCUGAGGAAAAGUCAACAAUGGGACCCGCUGAUCUGUUCCAGCAUCUUCGAGUGCAAGCCUCAGCGUGUUCACAAACUGAUUCACAACAGCCACGACCCGAGUUACUUUGCUUGUCUCGUUAAGGAGGAUGCUGCCAACAGGCAGAGCCUCUGCUACGUGUUUAAAGCAGACGAUCAAACUAAAGUGCCUGAGAUCAUCAGUUCCAUCCGGCAGGCCGGGAAGAUCGCCCGCCAGGAAGAGCUGCGCUGCCCCUCAGAGUUCGACGACACCUUCGCCAAAAAGUUCGAGGUGCUCUUCUGUGGCCGGGUCACUGUCGCCCACAAGAAGGCGCCACCGGCGCUGAUCGAUGAGUGCAUUGAGAAGUUCAACCACGUGAGCUGCAGCCACAGGGACCAGGACGUACCCACGGGGCAGCCGAAGCCCUCAGUGCCGGGUGCGCGGCCUAUGCGCAAAUCCUUCUCGCAGCCCGGGCUGCGCUCACUGGCCUUCAGGAAGGAGUUCCAGGAUGCCAGCCUCCGCAGCAGCACCUUCAGCUCCUUUGACAGUGACAUCGAGAACCACCUCAUUGGAGGACACAAUGUGGUUCAACCCACAGACAUGGAGGAGAACCGAACUAUGCUCUUUACGAUUGGCCAAUCUGAAGUUUACCUCAUCAGUCCUGACACCAAAAAGAUUGCACUGGAGAAAAAUUUUAAGGAGAUAUCCUUUUGCUCUCAGGGCAUCAGGCAUGUGGACCACUUUGGGUUUAUCUGCCGGGAGUGCUCGGGCGGCGGCGGCGGCUUUCAUUUCGUCUGUUACGUGUUCCAGUGCACAAACGAAGCCCUGGUUGACGAGAUCAUGAUGACUCUGAAGCAGGCUUUCACCGUGGCCGCGGUACAGCAGACUGCUCAGGCACCAGCCCAGCUGUGCGAGGGCUGCCCCCUGCAGGGCCUGCACAGACUCUGCGAGAGGAUAGAGGGAAUGAAUUCAUCUAAAACCAAACUAGAACUCCAGAAGCACCUGACCACGCUGACCAAUCAGGAGCAGGCAGCCAUUUUCGAGGAAGUUCAGAAAUUGAGGCCAAGAAACGAGCAGCGAGAGAAUGAAUUAAUUAUUUCUUUUCUGAGAUGUUUAUACGAAGAGAAGCAAAAAGAGCACAGCCACAUUGGGGAGCCAAAGCAGACAGCACAGGUGGCAGCAGAGAAUAUUGGGAGUGAACUGCCCCCCAGCGCUACCCGGUUCAGGCUAGAUAUGCUGAAGAACAGAGCAAAGAGGUCCUUAACAGAAUCCUUGGAGAGCAUCCUGUCCCGGGGUAGUAAAGCCAGAGGCCUGCAGGAAAAUUCCGCCAGCGUGGAUCUGGACAGCUCCACUUCCAGUACUCUGAGUAACACCAGCAAAGAGCUGUCCAUGGGUGACAAGGAGGCCAUGCCAGUCUCUGAGAGCUCCUUCAAGCUCCUUGGCUCCUCAGAUGACCUGUGCAGUGACUCAGAGAGCCACACUGCAGAAGAGUUGGCUCUCCUAUCACCCCAGCAGGCAUUCAGAAGGAGAGCCAACACCCUGAGUCACUUCCCUGUGGAGAGCACGGCGCCCCCGGAGCCUGCUCAGAGCUCUCCAGCGGCCUCUCAGAGAAAACUCAUGAGGUAUCACUCCGUGAGCACAGAGACACCUCAUGAACGCAAGGACUUUGAAUCCAAAACAAACCACCUGGGUGACACAGACGGGACCCCUGUGAAGACCCGGCGGCAUUCCUGGAGACAGCAGAUAUUUCUUCGAGUGGCCACUCCACAGAAGGCAUGUGACUCCCCAAGCAGAUAUGAAGAUUAUUCAGAGCUUGGAGAGCUCCCACCACGAUCCCCGUUAGAGCCAGUGUGUGAAGAUGGACCAUUUGGCCCUGUACCGGAAGAAAAGAAGAAGACAUCGAGAGAGCUUCGAGAGCUGUGGAAAAAGGCUAUUCUGCAGCAGAUACUGCUGCUCAGGAUGGAGAAGGAGAAUCAGAAGUUGCAAGCCUCUGAGAACGAUUUGUUUAACAAACGCCUGAAGCUCGAUUAUGAAGAAAUCACUCCUUGUCUUAAAGAAGUAACUAUGGUGUGGGAAAAGAUGCUUAGUACUCCAGGAAGAUCCAAAAUUAAGUUUGACAUGGAAAAAAUGCACUCAGCUGUUGGGCAAGGUGUGCCACGUCAUCACCGGGGUGAGAUCUGGAAAUUUCUAGCUGAGCAGUUCCUCCUUAAACAUCCCUUUCCCAGUAAACAGCAACCAAAGGAUGUCCCCUACAAAGAACUCUUGAAGAAACUGACCUCCCAGCAGCACGCCAUCCUCAUCGACCUUGGGCGCACCUUUCCAACGCAUCCGUACUUCUCUGCCCAGCUCGGAGCAGGCCAGCUGUCACUUUACAACAUCCUGAAGGCCUACUCGCUUCUGGACCAGGAAGUAGGAUAUUGCCAAGGUCUCAGCUUUGUGGCAGGCAUUUUGCUUCUUCAUAUGAGUGAGGAAGAGGCAUUCAAGAUGCUCAAGUUCCUGAUGUUUGACAUGGGGCUGCGGAAACAGUAUCGGCCAGACAUGAUUAUUUUACAGAUCCAGAUGUACCAGCUGUCACGGCUCCUCCAUGACUACCACAGAGACCUCUACAACCACCUGGAAGAGCACGAGAUUGGCCCCAGCCUCUACGCAGCUCCCUGGUUUCUCACCGUGUUCGCCUCACAGUUCCCCCUCGGAUUUGUAGCCAGGGUCUUUGAUAUGAUCUUCCUUCAAGGGUCAGAGGUCAUAUUUAAAGUGGCUUUAAGUCUUUUGGGAAGCCAUAAGCCCUUGAUUCUGCAACAUGAGAACCUGGAAACCAUAGUGGACUUCAUAAAGAACACACUACCCAACCUGGGCUUGGUGCAGAUGGAGAAGACCAUCAACCAGGUGUUUGAGAUGGACAUCGCCAAACAGCUGCAAGCCUAUGAGGUUGAGUACCAUGUGCUCCAAGAAGAACUUAUCGAUUCCUCUCCUCUCAGUGACAACCAAAGAAUGGAUAAAUUGGAGAAAACCAACAGCAGCUUACGCAAACAGAACCUUGACCUCCUGGAACAAUUGCAGGUGGCAAAUGCCAGGAUCCAAAGCCUUGAAGCCACAGUGGAGAAGCUUCUAACCAGCGAGAGCAAGCUGAAGCAGGCUGCGCUGACCCUGGAACUGGAGCGCUCCGCCCUGCUGCAGAUGGUGGAGGACCUCCGAAGGCAGAGCGCCCAGCCCAGCACUCAGGAGCCAGACUGUGCCCUGCCCGAACCUACCGGUGACUGACAGCUUCCAGGAGAGGAGAGGCCUUAAUCGGGAAAGAUGGGAGCUGGAGGCAGAGAAGAGAGGACUCCUCAGGGAGGAGACUGGCCUGCCAGCCCACAGAUACUUUUCGAGCUUAGGACUUGAAGUUGGAAGGGCAAAAGUCCCAGAGUUUUUGUUGUUUUCAGUUCAAAUCCAUCCCCUCUCCAGUCCUGGCUGUGGUAGCUUUAGCCAGCAUGGAUGUGAAUAAAUGUAGCUUUCUGUUUCCUCCUCCCUCGGAGGCACAUUGUUUGAAAAGAGCAUUCGUGACACCAGUGUUUCAGAAUCACGAAGGGCUUGAAAUAAUUCCUCAGGCAAAAGCGUGACCCUUGUCCGUCCGUAGGGAAGGUUGCUGUGACUGUGCCCUUGAUGUCACCAUGAGUGGGGAACCUGCGGUGGCCAUGGGGAAGGGCUGAGGGGGUUUAUUUAAAUUGGACUCUGAUCGUUACUGACUCCACAGUCACUCCCACUGGUACUGAAGAAGCUUGUCUUUUCCACAGUGCUUUAAUGUUGUCGGUUUUGUUUUGUUUUUUUCUUUUUCCUCAUCCUUUCUAGUCAUGGUAGAUAAAUGUUUCAUAAGGAAAUCACAGUUUUUAGACUCCGUGUUCUGGCUAGUGUGUGACUGCGGCUAUGGGGCCUGAGAUAUUUAUUUGCGACGGUUUCAUAUCCACACUCUAGGGUCACUUAUUUAUUUUUGUCUGUUGAAUGAUGUACUACAGCCAUGUCUUCUUCUGAGUCUUGACCUCUUGGGAAUCUGAUUCCUCGUAGAAGGAACGGAGCACAUCGAGAUUUCAAGGGGCUCCCAAGAUGCUGAAACAUGCAAAAGAAAUUGCACUCAGAUGUGUGGCAGCUGACAGUUGUUCAGAGGUAGCAUGUGUUUUGAAAAGCACUCAAAACACAGUGACUCCUCCCUUGGGAUGGCGAGGACCCUGUGCCUUCAGGCAGAGUGCCGCUCACAGCCACCCUGCUUCUAGCUGGUCCCAUGUAGAGCAUCACCCGUGUGUGCAACAAGCUUUUAUUUUUUUGAACAUAAUAACAAACAAAAGGCUUGGAGAAGAACCACGGGCGCAGGAGGCCUCCUAACCCUGAGGAUUGGAAUUGUGCUCCACCGCACGGCCCUCCUCCUGUUCCAGGGAAGCCUUUUGCAGCUCUCUUAUAGGAAAAGAGCCUUUUAAGUCUUUGGAGAAAGGAGGUACCACCAUCCUUGGGGUCACUUGGGAUCUCCUGGCUAUUUCAAAGGGACACCAAAACAGCAGGGUGGUUCUUACGACUGCCUCCUGCUCUUGGGUCAGAGGAGAGCUGUUGUCUCCACAAAGCAUCAUGCACAAUCCCAUUGCCUCUCUCCCAUGUGGAUCCACCAGGGGUAGUUAGGGGAGGUAACCCGUAGGGGGCUUCUUUCCAUGUUGUAUUUUAUUAUUUGAAUGUUUAAAAUGUUGAAUUUUGGACAUAUUACUACUGUUCAAAAACAUUGAAUCUACAGUAAGAAGCAAUAAACCUGAUAAUUCACA